AUGGAACACAGAAUAACUGGCAGAGAGAUUGUAAUAGCUGAAAACUCAAGAUUGCAAAUAAGAAUUUACGAAUUGCAACAAACAAUAAGAGGGUUAAAUGCUGACAGAGACGAAUUGAUUCAAGAAAAUACACGUUUAAGAAAUAGAAAUCAAGAACUUGAAACUGAUAAUAAUCAGAUUCAUGCAUCAAAUGAGAAUUUGACGCGAUUAAAUGAUGCAUUAAAAAUUGUUUUGAGAGACACUGAAGAUGAGCAAGACUAUUAUCGCACGGCAAAUAUCAAGGAAUUUGAGGAUUUUAUCUCAAAUUAUAUCUUUGGAUUGUUUAGUAAUUUUACAUAG